AUGCCUGCCUUCUUAAACACAACCUUCUGGAACUGCCGUAACAUAAACAAUCUACUGGAUAUUUCUUCUCUUAACCAUAAUAUUAUAUGUAUUAGCGAAACAUGGAGACAUACAGAUAAUACUUCGUUUCCAGGUUCUUUUGCUUCUUGGAAAUCUUCAUGGUGUCAAGCCGUCAAGGAUAAAACUCAAGGCCGAGCAAUUGGCGGACUCUUGACCAUAUGCGACAAGUCCUGCAACAUGGUCACCUUAUCUUCUUCUGACAGUAGCAUCUUUACUAAGCUCACCAGAAAUAAUUUUACAACCAUAAUAGGGUCAAUAUAUUGGAAACCCACUAUCAACUUUAAAGACGCCUUUAACGCACUGCAAGCAACUUUAAGUGACAUCAUGAACUUGACUAGCUUUGAUGUCUUAAUUGUUGGUGGUGAUUUUAACUCGCGUGUAGGCGAGAUACAACACUCAGAACCUCACAUUUUGGCGGAUUUCCCACUGGAAGAACACAUUGUCACAAAUUCAGAUCACUUUCCCGUCCGCCUAUCACUUAAAUUACCCGACGACGUGGGGACUCACACACCAGAACCAUUGCCUGAAUUUAGCCUUAAAUGGAACCCCAGUCAAGCGUCGUUCUACAAAGCUAGUAUGCAGUGGUCUCCUCUUGUGAGCCAGGAUUUCCAUCUUUCCUCCACCAGCGAUCUCUACUGGAAUCUGGAAGAAGCUACCCAAAGUGCUAGAGCCGCAAGAAUGCACCGCUCUCACCAUACUCAACACUACACAACUAAAGCCAUCUGGUUCGAUGAUGGUUGCAAGGAAAGGAAGCGUCUUGUUACAAAUUACCUCCACUUCUGCAAAAAUAAGGACUCUAAAUCAAUCUUGUGGGACUACUAUUAUGCUGCUAAAAGAGAUUACUUUGCCCUGAUAAGGCACAAAAAACUCGAAUAUCAAAAACUCGAUCUCAAGAAAUACUGCGACAAAAACAGCCUAAAUGUGAACACCCAAAAAACCAAGAUCUUAUUCUGCAAGGCUUCGGGUAGAUUGAGUCGUAAGACUCGCACCUUCCUAUACAAAGGUCAAGGAGUCGAAGUUGUCAAGUCCUGCGUUUAUCUAGGAAUCCCGUUUACCACCUCUACGUCGGGCACUUUGGCAGCCGAAUUGGCCUCCAAAAAAGCAAAAAUCGCCGCCGGUGCAGUCUUAUCAACCUUAGCUAGACUUAAAUUAGAUACUUGGCCGAGCAAAACGAAAUUAUUCAACUGCAUGGUUAAACCUACGCUGACAUACCAAGCUCUUAUUUGGGGGCUCGACUCAAACCUUCUGGAAAAAUUAGAAACCUCGCAUCUCUACUUAUUCAAGAGACUCUUCUCCUUGCCUAUAUGCACACCCAACUAUGCGCUGCGACUCGAACUAAGGAUUGGCCACAUAUCCGUGGAAGUCAUCAAAAAUGCAAUGAACUGGAUCAUCCGUAUCCUGAAAAUGCCAGACUCUCGUCUCCCAAAUUGUAUUUGCUCAGGCUCCACGAAACUCAGCAUCAUGGUUUGGUAA